AUGAUGCGACCGCGGGAUCCGCGCAUCCGUCAGCGGAUCAAUCAAAUCUCACACAAUUUAGAGUCUGCCAAUGAGUCCGCCCAGGAGGGCAUCUAUACCUUCUCGCAAAAUUACAUCUCGCCAUGUCUGAAUGGUAUCGGCCAAUGUGUACAAGCAUGCACGGCGCCUUGCCUGCCGAGCUGGGAGGACCAGCUGCGGCGCCGUCGCCGGGGACGUGCCGAGGCCAAUUUCGACUUUUACGAUGAUUGGGAAAAUGAGGAAGGCGAAGAGAGCUUGCUUGGCUGGGGCACUGGAGAGCUCGAUCGUCUGCUGGCAGGGAGUGGACUUUCUCGCGGAGGAACGUCCGAACAGCCACGACGGCCUCGGAAGAUGAGCUACGGCACUCGACAGACGAGGCGACGCAGUACGGUGCAUAUUCCUGACUCUCGCUCUGAUCCGACGGUGAUUCCCAAGUCUUCAUUUCUGGGAUUCCUCGAGCGGUUCCCAUGGCGAAUUGGCCCCAAGGGUGUUAAGUACCGGCCUUCUGCUGCCGAUCUACAAGAACAUCCGGGAAGUCAUCGCCGCCAUAUGCAAGAGGAUGAGCCUCUAAUGGAAGCCUCUGAGGAUGAGCGGGAACAAGUCUCCUACCAGAAUGGUGGACGGGAGCGAAGUGCAACACAGUCCUCUCGGGAAACGACCAAUUCCCUAAGCUCCCGUGGCGACUUAUUUCCGAGCGAUGAAGAAGAUGCAGUGCCACUGGACGAUGAAUUUGCACUCACACUCGGUCGGCGGAAUACAGGGCUCGAGUCCGACGACCAGUCUGGCACGAAACCAAGGAUGGUCAGAUCGUCCUCGGGCACUUCGAGCCUCGGAGGCGCAUCAUCAAAGAGAUCCAAGCGAAGAAAAAAGAAGCGGUCCUCGACCAGGACCGGUCUGAGCUCGGAUCCGGAGAUAGUUCCGAGCAACGAGAUGCCAACCCUGGCAGACCUCAAAGUAGAGGAGGAGCAAGUGGCACGGGAAGAGGAAGCGGCUGUUGAAAGCAAGCGACUCGCGGCACUGGAUUUGGCAAUCAAACGUGGGCUGGAGCCAAGUGGCACUGAUAUGCCGGUAUGGUUGACAUCGGAUGACUUUCUAGCUUUGCAAUCGUCCCAAAUUGACCCCCUCGUUACAGUCCUCCCCAGUCUCCAUCAGUGA